AUGGAGUGGAUAGCAAAGAAUGUAGAGUCAGUCAAAUCUAUGAAGAUCAGAAACACUCUCUCUCAAUUCAUCACUCUUGGGGUAAUAGUGUCUUCAGCUUUAAUAAUAUGGAAAGCCUUGAUGUGCUUAACUGGCAGUGAAUCUCCUGUCGUUGUUGUUCUUUCUGGUAGCAUGGAACCUGGUUUCAAACGAGUUAAGAAUCCCAUGUUUGGUGACAUUUUGUUCUUGCAUAUGAGGAAGGCCCCAAUUCGCACAGGAGAGAUUGUCGUGUACAAUGUAGAUGGACGCGAUAUUCCAAUUGUUCAUCGAGUAAUUGAGGUUCAUGAACAGGAAAAUAAUGGAAAAGUUGAUAUCCUUACAAAAGGAGACGCUAAUCCUACGGAUGACAGGGGUUUGUAUGCUUACGGACAGCGGUGGUUGAAGCCACAGCAAAUUAUGGGGAGAGCUGUUGGGUUUCUUCCUUACGUUGGUUGGGCUACAAUUAUCAUGACCGAGAAACCUAUCAUCAAGUACAUACUUGUUGGCGCUUUAGGGAUUAUAGUGUCGACAGCCUUAAUAAUAUGGAAAGUCUUAAUGUGUUUAACUGGUAGUGAAUCUCCUGUUGUCGUUGUUCUUUCUGGUAGCAUGGAACCUGGUUUCAAACGAGGUGACAUUUUGUUCUUGCAUAUGGGCAAGGCCCCAAUUCGAACAGGAGAGAUUGUUGUGUAUAAUGUAGAAGGACGCCCAAUUCCAAUUGUCCAUCGAGUAACUGAGGUUCACAAAGAGGAUAAUAAUGGAAAUGUUGACCUUCUUACAAAAGGAGACGCUAAUGACGCGAAUGACAGGGGUUUGUAUGCUAAUGGUCAGCGUUGGUUGAAGCCACAACAAAUUAUGGGGAGAGCUGUUGCGUUUGUGCCUUAUGCUGUACAUACUUAUAGGCGUUUUAGGUCUGCUGGUCAUAACCUCGAAGGAUUAGGCAAUCAAGUGGAUACCAUAUAA